UGGCGUCAUCACGUCUGCAUCCUAGCAACCGAAAAGAGGGCGCAGAAAAGCAAAAGGAAGCUAAUUGCUAAGUGCUUCACUCGUAAUGUAAACAUGACACUCGCUUUGAUAUCACGCUCUUAAAAACCUUUCUCUUGUUCCAGGGCGAAUACAACUAUUAAGGAAAAAGUGACCCACGCGUGUCGAGACUUAAAACGAAUUCUAGCUGCGGUUCCUCGCUUGCUCCAAGCGUAAGCAUUAGCUGCACUUUACGAUUGUCGGUAUUUUGGGAUAUGUAUACUACGUUUGGUGUACAAGGUUAUAAGUGAAAGAGAUGCUCAAUAUUGAAAUAGCUGCUUAUGUCAUCUGGAGUUGGCUCAUGAUGUAGUUAGGGUAACGGUCGCCACACUACGGGGCUGAGAAGUGGUGGGACUCCUGAGGCUCGAUGACCACUUGACUACAGACCCCCACACUUGGCCUGACAUGUUUAGCCUGAUGGCGAAUUGCUGCAACUGGCUGAAACGCUGGCGACAGCCGGCCAGAAAAGUAACUUUGGUAAUGGUUGGACUGGAUAACGCAGGAAAGACUGCCACAGUACGAGGAAUCCAAGGAGACAAUCCCCAGGAUGUUGCCCCAACUGUGGGUUUUUCAAAGGUUGACUUGAAUCAGGGAAAAUUUGAGGUCACAAUCUUUGAUCUGGGUGGUGGGAAGAGGAUCCGCGGUAUUUGGAAAAAUUACUACUCAGAGUCACACGGUGUGGUAUUUGUGGUAGACUCCAGCGAUGUGCAGCGGAUUCAAGAGACACGGGAGACAAUGGCAGAGGUUCUGCAGCACCCACGCAUCGCUGGGAAACCAGUGCUUGUACUCGCCAACAAACAGGAUCAGGAAGGAGCACUGGCUGAAGCAGACAUCAUUGAGAACCUGUCAUUAGAGAAGCUUGUUAAUGAGAACAAGUGUCUCUGUCAGAUUGAGCCGUGCUCUGCGGUCCUGGGUUACGGCAAAAAGGUUGACAAAUCCAUCAAAAGGGGUUUGAGCUGGCUGCUCAACAAUAUUGCCAAAGAUUAUGAGGCCAUUACUGAGCGCGUGCAGAAAGACACAGCAGAGCAACGUGCUCAAGAAGAGCAGGAUAAGAAAGAAAGGGCAGAAAGAGUCCGGCGAAUAAGAGAAGAGAGAGAACGGCAAGAGCGGGAGGAGGCAGAACGUGAGGGCAAGCAGCACUGCGAAGAGGAACCUGAUGAAGAAAACAUGGCCAACCCCUUCCAGCCGAUAGAAAAUGUCAUCAAUGAGAGUGGGGAUCACGAAAAUGUUGGAAAGCAACAUGAGCUGCAGGAGUACACAAUCAACAGUCUAAAGGCAGACAGCGAGUAUGAGGAGAAUUAUCAAGAGACAGAUGAGGCCAGACAAACACCGGACAACUCAAGCAUGGCCACUCAGCAAAGCAAGAAAAAGGUGAGAAAAUUGUACCUGAAGAGGAAACACCGUGUCGACCCACUAAAUACUGAGGAAGGGCAAGGAGAGAGACCAACCCCUCCACCCCUUCCAGUUGGAUGGGCCUCACCAAAAGUUUCUAGGCUGCCUAAACUAGAGCCUCUUUGGGACUCAAAGCCCUCUGGCAACAUUUCAGUUUGGCACUGCAGAGGAAACACUGAAGCCGUGCUUUAACUCUUAAUCAUCGACAGCGUUGAGUUUGAUCAUCUCUAACAACUUGUUGGUCUUAACAACCAUCCGUCCAUCUCCAUACCGCAUGUUCUUAUCCCAUUCUCAGUUUCCAUUCUCAGUUUGCAUGGAUUUACUUCAGAAUGAACUGGCUGCGUAGUAAUUUAGCAAAACCCUCUCUUCCGCUCCACAGAGUUUCACAGGAAGCCACUCCCACCUGUUGCAAACAAGCCACAACCUAACAGUGAUACCCAUGAUGUGGUUUUUUAACUUAAUUUACUGAUUGAGCCUCCUCAAUCAUGGCUCUCCCCUUUUGCUUUCUGUCCAAAGCAAGCGGAGUUUAAACAGCACUCUGGAUCACGUCUGGGAAAGGACAGCCUGCGAGCAUGGAAGUGCAACAUAAAAGACAAAGGAGCAUCACGGAGAAGGAUUCUCUAUUAAGCCGCCAUACAACUGUGGUUUCACAGACCACAAAAAAACACACGUUUACUAUACAAAUGUUUUUACCAUGUUUUUACUUUAUGUUGUUAUUAAACAAAUGAACACAGCCGUAAUUGUAUCUUUUUUUUUUCUUUUUAAAGAAACAUUUGACAUGAAACUGCCAAAGGUGACAUUAUUUUCUAAAAACUAGAAAAUCGGGUUUGACAGGGAAAAAAGUAGGUGCUUUAUUAUUUUAUU